AUCAGGGACACAAGCUACUUCCAUUCCUUCAAAAUGAAGUUAAAGACGCUCUUCCUUGCUGGUUUGUCGUGUUCACCAGGUGCUAGUAUAUUGCCACCGUGCGAGUACUGGCAAGUUGAACCUCCUCUCAACUAUUCUGAUGUCCUGUACGCCGGUUGGAACCAGAUUCCUGUAGAAAAAGAAGUCCUGAUCUAUAAUGGUAGCCUCAUUGGCAGGACAUAUGCCCAUCAUCCUCAGCUCUUGGCUGUCGGAGAGACUGUAUAUCUGGUCCAUUCAAGCGCUGUAAUUGAUGAAGAUUCUAUGGGAAUGGAACUGUGGGGAGCAAUGUCUCACGACGGUGGCUAUACCUGGACACCCAGUCACUCUCUCCUCCCUCCUGCAUUGCUUCCAAACCAAACCAAUGUAGCCAACUUCAGCUACUGGUGUAAUGAAGCUAUUUGGCAACGAGCAAUCGGAGGCCUCGCAGUCCUGGAAGUCGAUUCCGAGAUCUGGGGAGUUGGUGAAACGACAGACUUUUUUUGCUGGGGUGAUAUUGGUUCUGGAACUCGUGGUGCCGGAAGGAUCGCUCGUCAGCUCUCUUCUGUGGAUGGAAUGCCAAUCGGUGAUCCGUGCUGGCUGAAUCAGAACAACUGGACUUACAUUGAAUUGUACAAUGAGACGGUCUAUGGUACCAAGUACGGCAUGAAGUUCUGUGACAAAGCUGCAGAUAUGAAUGCCCAGCUUGUAGAGCCAACAAAGGUUCCAGCUUGGAGUGCUUGGCUUUACAAUGACGAGUUUUAUGCCGCCAACAAUUGGAGCAGUCUUCAAGAAGUCACGCAUGCUGUGUGGAUCGAACAAAGUGAUGGGCCUGGAUAUUGGCAAAGAUUCUGGAGAGAUAUAAGUCCUACCAAUAACUCAAUGCGUGUGUGGUGGGAGAUUACCUUUGACAAGGAAGGAAAGAGUUGGUACCCAGUCAUCGAGGAAGAAUAUGGCAACAAAGUAGGACAGUUCUUCAAUGUGCCGGACGAAACUAACAUCUGA